GGGCGUAGCCCCACCUAGUUAAAGGCGAGGGGCGCACGUCCUGGCUGUGUGCGGGCGGGCUCGGGUUGGCGUGAGCAGAAGCCGGCUUUGGGGCUGGAGGGGAACGCGUCCGCGACUUGGGGUCCGCGUGGGCCACGGACCACUGACGUAAUGCAGACCCAGGAUAAAGAGGAGCGGAAAAGACGGGCGGCGCGCCACAGCCGAGCGGGGAAGGGUGACAGACAGUAAAGCGACGCCGAGAGAGCCGAAACAACAGCUAAGACGGCAACAAGAUCCGAGGGGAACGGGUUUUCCGGCGGGCCUAAGAAAGGAGGCGCAAAACCACGACGGGAGCCGGGAAAGAAGUGUGAGCGCCCAGUAGGAGGACACGCAGAGGGCGGCGCAGCGCCCCGUGCAGGACCCGGCCUCCAGAAAGCCCCCGCCCGGCCUCCCCGCCUAACGGUACCUUCAGCUUGUGGAGCUCCACCGUCUCGGUCGCCAUCUUGCUGCGCCUGACUCCACAGACCCCGGCGCUGCCCCCUGCGGAGCCCAGGCUCGUUCCACCAAUCGCAGUCGCUCUUACUCCCACCCCACACCAACGGCUCUCCCCAUUAGUCAGUGGCGGCGUCGCUCUCACGCCUCUUUCCACGGCUCCCCGCAAAGGGGGACCCGGGGAGGGCGGGGCUUGCACAGCCUACCAAUAGGAAAGGCGACCAACUGCACGUCCCCGCUGCAGAGCCCACCAAUGAGCGGGCAGCGCAGACUCUGCCCCACCAGUAGGGAGAGCCCCGACGGCGAGAGGCGGCCACUUCCUGGAGACCACAGGUGCGAGAUCCUCGCUGUGCCCGGCCGGCCGGGCGUCUGAAGCUGGCAGGAGACAACUGGGGAACAAGCUCAAUCAGGGUUAAGAGGAGACUGAGUUGGACUCCUGCCUGACCCCUCACUGUGGUAGGAUGAAUGUGGGGGUGGCACACAGCGAAGUGAACCCCAACACUCGAGUGAUGAAUAGCCGGGGCAUCUGGCUGGCCUACAUCAUCUUGGUAGGACUGCUGCAUGUGGUUCUACUCAGCAUCCCUUUCUUCAGCAUUCCUGUUGUCUGGACCCUGACCAACGUCAUCCAUAACCUGGCAAUGUAUAUCUUCCUACAUACAGUGAAAGGGACACCCUUUGAGACCCCCGACCAAGGAAAGGCUCGGCUUUUGACACACUGGGAGCAGAUGGACUAUGGACUACAAUUUACCUCCUCCCGAAAGUUCCUCAGCAUCUCUCCUAUUGUACUCUACCUACUGGCCAGCUUCUACACCAAGUACGAUGCUGCUCAUUUCCUCAUCAACACUGCCUCACUGCUCAGCGUACUGCUGCCUAAGCUACCCCAAUUCCAUGGGGUUCGUCUCUUUGGAAUCAACAAAUACUGAAAGAUGGGUUGAGAGUUCUGCAGGCAUUGAGGGAAGGCACUGGAACAAAGAGAUAUAAAUAUAAUGGUUUCCCCUUCUGUAUCUUGGAAGCCUGAGAGAUAAGACAAAACCUUUCUAAAUUCCAAGGAGGAAGAAAUUGAAAGAUGGGGUUCCUGGGCCCAGCCUUAAUAGGGUCAGGACUGUCUGACUCAGGAAAGGUAGAUGACCAACCUUAAUAGGGUCAGGACUGUCUGACUCAGGAAAAGUGGAUGACCAGCCUUAAUAGGGUCAGGAUUGUCUGACUCAGGAAAGGUGGAUGAGGUUAAGGGCCACACCACUCUUCUCUGUACAACAAGAAGCCAUCCACGCUUGGGCAGGGUGUCUGGUGACUGUUUUCCAUGUCUGCCAAACCUACCACCUUCAAGUUCUGUUUGCUGUAUGUUUUCCUUAAAAUAAAGUCUUUUCAAUUGUGA